AUGAAGAGUGCUGAGCCAAGCACUAGGACUUCUAAAAGACCUAGAGGAGAUGCUUCCACUUCCUCUAGUGCCAUUCCUGCUACUGAGGAGACUUAUGUGGAUCCUACUGUAGUUGUGGAUCUUCCUGGUCAUUUUGAGGAUGUUGAUCCUUCAGGAGCUCCAUCAUUGUCACUCCGAGCCAUGAUUUUUGAUCAACUUCCACUGCAUUUACGAGCUGUGGCAGCGGAUUGCAUGUCUUUCGAAGCAAGUUCACGUGUCGAAGACCCAGUCUAUGGAAGUGUUGGGAUAAUCUCUCAACUCCAAGAACAAAUAAUUAAGGCUGAGUCUGAGCUAGCGAAGACAAAGAGUGAAAUAGCCUUUCAUAAUGCACAACAACAACUACAGCAACAACAAAAUGAAAGCUCAAGCUGUAAAAUUGAAGAGCUUCAUGACACAGAUGAAGCAACUACAAUUCCAACAGUGAAACCAGUGUCGUCUAAGAAGAGUAAAUGA